UGCGUAGGUCUUUGAAAGAAUUCCCGUCACAGUGACAAAUUUCUUCACCUGUCUUGUCCUUCUUACAGCUAAGGCCUAGUUUACCCAACAGAUAUCAGAGACAUAAAAGAAAAAGCUGGUACACAACAUGUCCACUGCAUUCCCCCUCCCUUGUGCUUCUCUGUCUGUCAGCCUAGCUUCCUACCCCUUCAUUUUAUCUCAGUUUUGCAGUUACCCUUUGGGUCUUUUGCUCUCUGCCUCACCACUCCGCUUUUGCACCAGCUCUUUAUCAUCACAAAUCCAGUGCUUGCAGGCUUUCCGACCUUUGCAGUAGCUUAAUAAAUCACUUCAACCUCGUUUUUUUUAUGAUGUCAUCCAAUAGAUGGACUGAUCUGUUUUGUAACAUGGGAGCUGCUGGACAUGAAAUCUUGCUGAUGUUUAUUUGGAAUGUCAUGUGAUGCGUCGUUUGUGUGCAAUACCUCGUUUUAGAAAUUGUGACAAUUGGAAGCAAGUCUCGUGGUGCUGUUUACUGGCUAAUAACGAGCACAGCUAAUGGGGACAAAUUCAGCAUGAACAUGGCAACAACCCCCCGCCGGCAAAAAAGACGCUGCUGCAGACCUGCAAAUGAGCUUCCUAUGGGAUUUUGCUUGGAUUUGGGCACUCCUGGAUUAUUCCCUGUGUAAAGACUAUUACAGUAAUCCCUGUGAAUACCAGUUAAUGGUCUAGCUCUGCUGGUCUUCUGACACAAGUGAUUGUCACAGACUGGAGUAGUCAGGGCAGUGCAGUCAGGGUGUCUGGAAGAUCUAGUUUGGAUUGCUGUGUGGGGAAUUCCACCAGCUGACAGACACAGCUAGAGGUCAAGAUCUGUUUGAGUUAUGACAACACAGCCUCAGCUCUGACAAGGCUGACAAUCUUGGGUCUGUCUCUGAGCAGGCGAGUGACCUGUUUAGAGGACCCAGUGCUGACUGAGAGCUGCUGGCAGUGAAGUAUUAUCUGCAGUUAAGUGAAGUGGAGUGUGUCCGGAAGGCACUGUGCUAAUGGGAGUGUGCUCAGUGCUAUAAAGAGGGCGUCUGCACUAUUGAUCCUGCUUUAGAGAGCUGUUGAGCUGUGUGAAGUGGUCCUGACAGCACCCGGCUGCCCUCACUCUCAACCUUCUAGCCCCUGCACAUCUAGGACCCUGCUCUCUCUCUCGCUCUCUCUCUCUUUUCCUCCCUCUCUCUUUCUCUCCCUCUUUCUGGGUGUGUGAAAGAGAACCAUUGUGUGAGGCACACUCCUGCCCUGAGGCCGCCCACUACCAGUCCUGUUCCCACUGCUUCUCUUGCUUACUGCUGCCACUGGAUUCAGAUCAGAUGCAGAGUCGAGGCUGCGCUGGCUGUCAUCAGUCGCCCUCCUGGGUCACAGGGGAGUGGAGUGUAGCUGCUGCCUCUGCUUUGGACAGUUGCCGACAGCGUCUGCUGCACAGCACUCACGGAUCCCCUUCACACCUUCCCCCAGAGGAAUUAGAGAGUCUCUGGGAGCCCGAUCAGUCAAGCAUGGAAGCUGAAGAAAACAUAGGAGGUUUAGCAGCCGAGCUGAUUACCCACAAGGCUAAGAGACAGGAGAGGAAGCGCCAGGAGCUGCUGGCUUUGGCUCUGGGAGUCAAGGUACAUACCUUUCGAGGGCCGCACUGGUGCGAAUACUGUGCUAACUUCAUGUGGGGCCUCAUUGCACAGGGAGUCCGCUGCUCAGACUGUGGGCUGAAUGUACACAAACAGUGCUCCAAGCUUGUUCCCAGCGACUGCCAGCCGGACCUGCGCAGGAUAAAGAAAGUGUUUAGCUGUGACCUCACGACACUUGUCAAAGCUCACAACACAACGCGGCCCAUGGUGGUGGACAUGUGUAUUCGAGAAAUAGAACUCAGAGGUAUGAAAUCCGAAGGUCUCUACAGGGUGUCUGGCUUCUCCGAGCACAUUGAGGAUGUGAGGCUUGCUUUUGAUCGAGAUGGCGAGAAGGCUGACAUCAGUGCCAGUGCCUAUGCAGACAUUAACAUAAUUGCUGGUGCUUUGAAGCUCUACUUUAGAGACCUCCCCAUUCCAGUCAUUACAUUUGACUUGUACUCCAAAUUUAUUCAAGCUGCAAAACUUCCAAAUGCUGAAUCCCGACUGGAAGCCAUCCACGAAGGUUUGCUGCAGCUCCCUCCAGCCCACUAUGAGACCUUACGCUACCUGAUGGCUCACCUCAAGAGGGUGACAAUGUUUGAAAAGUACAACUUAAUGAAUGCCGAAAACCUGGGGAUUGUCUUCGGUCCAACUCUUAUGCAGCCGCCGGAGCAGAACGCCUUGACAACCCUGAAUGACAUGAGGCAGCAGAAGCUAGUGGUGCAGCUUAUAAUAGAGCAUGAAGAUGUAUUAUUCUAAGGAGCGAGGCGUACGCCCCUUACAAAAGAAGAGAAGGACAACUAUUUAUUCUAUCAGAGGAAAUUCAAGCCACCUUAAUUCUAGUGAAGAGUCUGAAUUCAUUGUCGCAUGACAGUUUCACUUUGUCGGUUUUAGUGUUGACAUCGUCUUGUUACUGUAAGUUUGGGGUCUCCACGCUCAGCCAAGACCAUCAUUUAGAUAUUAGGAAAGGAUCCUGUGUUUCUAACUACCCACAGUGCAGUUCCCUCCUCUGUUUAAUUUGAAGACUGUCACUACCUGGUGUAGACUCAGUCAUAAUGACAGUGCUGUGUGAAAUCUGCAUGGGCACAUUGUCAAUCGGUGAAGGCUUGGUGCUGUGUAAACUAAGCCUCACAGAUCAACCAAGUUAAUGUUUCUAACAUGACGUGUGCAUAUGUUGUAUUGUUUGAGAGAAUGCUGGUUUAAAAAUGGGAUAAAACAAUGCGGAUCCUGUCAUUGUACAUGAAAUCAGAUCAUCCAAUGAUCGAUAUUUUGACUCUGUGUACAAACAAAUAUAAGAAAUGAGACAAUUGGGCGCUCAUAAAGCACUUUUUUGCAACGUGUGUAUAGAUUUAUUUUGUAAAGAUGUUUAUUUUUGUUUUUCUGCAUUGUUCUUUGUCACAAUUAAUAUAUGCUGUCGGGGCCGGUUGUUUGUGGACUUGUUUGUGUCGAUGCAAAAACGGUCCUCCAAAAGAAGAGUACUGUCAGAAAAAUCAAACGUGCGUGGGUGCACCAUUUCGACUUUCAGUGUAUUCAGUGUUAUGUGAGGAAUACACAUGUGGAUUAAACACUGGUCAUUUAUUCAUGUCCUAUUGAAGACUGCAACAGAUGAGCAGAGCUCCUCUGUAUACAUGCCGGUUGCUCAUGUUGCAGUGUUUCAGUAUUUCAUGCUGUAAUUUGGAAUAUUUUCAAUAUUGAUCUGUUCUUUUUUUCUUCUUCUUCUGUUUUUUAUUGCCAGUAACAUUGCUCGGUGCAGCUUCAGUUGCAGUUUGCUUAACUGCCAUACUAAAGCUGUACCGGGCGUGUUUCUUUCACACUUGGUUCGAUUGAAUCCUUUCUACAAAUCCAUUUUAUCAAAUUGUAUUUUUGUGACAGUUGAAAAUGUAAUUUAUGAAAUGAUGAUGAUUUAUUAAAGGUUUUACAGCCUGA